GCAGGGAGUUAAAAAUGAAAAUUUUCACAAAAACAUGGACUUAAAGACAGAUAUCCUAUACUGCAUACAAUGCAAAUUAAGACGAUACAUACUAACCAUACUCUGCAUGUAACAUAUCUUACGUCUGACAUAUAUUACAGACAACCCACCUAUGGCGUAUUGACUUCAGAUAAGAGUCAACUGGGAGGGGCUAGCUGGCUCAGCUUGGGGAGUAUUACGGUAAUACCCUGUACUACGAUAUUUAUGGUAUUUUGGGUAUAGCGCGGUAUUUUCGUUCGAAAAUACACCAAUCAUCAACUUUCAUCGAGAAAUAUUGGAAUAGCGUUGCGUUUCAAAAUACCAUCGAAAUACCAAAUACAGCUGUAUAAUGUCCAGAUAAGACGGUUUUAAAAGUAUACAUACCGCCCAAGUUUAGUGGUGGUUCAACGAUGGGUGCUGAGGUGCCUGCGGUAAAAUUUGACCAAGAACAGAGGGUGAAGGUAAAAUUUGUUGAUGGGUUGAACAGAAUUGUGGGGCAAAAUUUGUUGGUGUCAAGGAGCUACUAUCAAUUCCCAAGUAACCCCGCCUGGACGCCAUGAAGUGGGUAACCCAGAGCCAGGCCAGUCGGCUUCUGCAUAACAAGUUUGUUGUGGUGCUUGGGGACUCCAUCCAGCGCUCCGUUUACAAGGACCUGGUCCUGCUUUUGCAGAGGGAUGCCUUCUUAUCCCAGUCUCAGCUCAGGAAUAAGGGGGAGAUGAGUUUUGAACAGGAUGCCCUGGUGGAGGGUGGUCAGCUGGACACGAUGCACAAUGGCACAGGGUACCGGGAGGUGCGACAGUACCGCUCGGACCACCACCUGCUGCGUUUCUACUUCAUCACGCGCAUUUACUCCUGUUACAUGGAGAGCAUCCUGGCCGACUUGGACAGCCGCCUCAAACCGGACGUACUCAUACUCAACUCCUGCUUGUGGGAUGUGUCCAGGUAUAGCCGGAACUGGGCCCCGGAUUACCGGGAGAACCUCCAGAAGCUGUUUUCACACUUGAAGAGGAUCCUUCACCCGGAAUGUCUUGUGCUCUGGAACAUGACUAUGCCUCUGGGGAAGAAGAUCGUCGGGGGUUUCCUUGUGCCGGAGAUCCAGGACAUGGCGUCGAUGCUGCGCCAUGACGUCAUCGAAGCCAACUUCUUCAGCGCCACUCUGGCGGAUGCCCACGGCCUGGAUGUGCUGGACCUGCACUUCCACUUCCGCUUCCUGCUGCAGCACCGUGUCCGGGACGGCGUGCACUGGAACGCCCUCGCCCACCGGCGCAUCAGCAGCCUGCUGCUGGAGCAUGCGGCACAGGCCUGGGGCGUGGAACUGCACCAGCCAGGCCAAGGCAAGGAGCCCGGUGAGACCGCCGGACAGCAGCUGACCAUCACUGUACUGGAUACGCCCCGUCUCACAUCUCUGAAGGACCCAGGGUCCCAAAGUGUCUCCCGGGAUGUAAAGCGCCGUGUAAGAGCCCCAGCUUCCAGCAGCAGCCAGCACACUCACGGUCCGCCUCGGCAUUCUGGAUAUCAGCCACAUCCUUAUAGAGGCUGGUCGCCGUGGCAGCAGCCCAGCUUCAUGCACGGCCACAAUCGCUAUGGCGGCCAAAGCCAGUUCUUCCAGCAGCAUGCGCCCCCCUUCUUUUCAGGCUAUGCUGGUCCCUGGAACCCGUACCCUCAUGCAGGCCUCCCGCCCCCCAGGCCGGCCCCUCGAAUAGGGCCGGAGGAUGGGUAUGUGAUGAGGAGGCAGCGCCAGGCCAGGACUCCGAUCUCCCCGUACGCUCGUCGCAAGGCCCGCUCUGGCAACAGAUCCUGAACGUUCGUUGACGCUGCCAUUUCCACCGAGUGACGUCCGGCUAUGCAGCACCAUGACUAAGCUACACUCCUAUGAUCUAAUGACCAUACAUGGAUAACAUCCCCGUUACAAUAACUCAAUCCUAACAGUGUUCUGUUCUUCUCUCUCUCGUUCCUUUGUGCCUCUGUGUUUUUAGGACACAAACUGAUCUCCCCCACCCCCAGGUUGUUACACCCCUUUUGCAAACACUACUUGAAUCUUUGAUCAUUUAUUUACUCAGGCACACUGAAAAUGCCUUUUUUUUUUAAACUCCUGUCUCUGUACUGUGCUUUAUGCUUCUUUUUUUUUUAACACUAAAUGGUUCUUAAAUGUGGUGGUUUUGUUGAGCCGGAGAACCCGUAUUAAUGUUGUACAAAUAAAGUAAAGGGAAUUCUUCAAGCUGUCA